UGAUUUUAGAUGGUGAGAGAGACUUGUGAGAUCCAACGGUUCAAAAAGUUGCUGGAGGGAGCCGGAGAAGAUUUCCCGCUGGAGAGGAUCUGCUUCCAAAAAGCAGUGAGGGCUGUGAGGCGCUUUUGGCCGGAGUUGCUUCUCUCAUCGUCAGUUGUCGUUACGUUGGUCGACCGAGUGUCUGUGCAGCUAAUUCUGCAAAGCGAAGAGGGAAUUUUGUUAGGAUGGUUGAAUAUUGACAAGAGAAAUAACGGGAAACAAUAGACAUGGAUACCGGUGGCAAUUCUUUACCAUCUGCACCUGAUGGGGUGAAGAGAAAGGUGUGCUAUUUUUAUGAUCCGGAGGUUGGGAAUUACUAUUAUGGUCAAGGUCACCCAAUGAAGCCACAUCGUAUACGGAUGACACAUGCUCUUCUAGCCCAUUAUGGAUUGCUACAGCACAUGCAGGUCCACAAGCCAUUUCCUGCUAGAGACAGGGACCUUUGUCGUUUUCAUGCUGAUGAUUAUGUUGCAUUCCUUCGAAGCAUAACUCCUGAAACACAGCAGGAUCAUCUAAGGCAACUGAAACGCUUUAAUGUUGGUGAAGAUUGUCCUGUUUUUGAUGGCCUCUACUCUUUCUGUCAAACUUAUGCAGGGGGUUCAGUUGGGGGUGCUGUCAAGUUAAAUCAUGACCAAUGUGAUAUUGCUGUCAACUGGGCUGGAGGGUUGCAUCAUGCCAAGAAGUGUGAGGCUUCUGGGUUUUGCUAUGUUAAUGAUAUAGUCCUUGCAAUCUUAGAACUUCUCAAACAGCAUGAGCGUGUUCUAUAUGUGGACAUUGAUAUCCACCAUGGAGAUGGUGUGGAGGAAGCUUUCUACACUACUGACAGAGUCAUGACUGUUUCUUUCCAUAAAUUCGGUGACUAUUUUCCUGGAACUGGGGAUGUACGUGAUAUUGGAUAUGGAAAAGGAAAAUAUUACUCUCUUAAUGUUCCACUUGAUGAUGGCAUUGAUGAUGAGAGUUAUCAUUUUUUGUUCAAACCAAUAAUCGGAAAAAUAAUGGAAGUGUUCCGGCCUGGUGCAGUAGUUCUCCAGUGCGGUGCUGAUUCUUUAUCUGGAGACCGAUUGGGAUGUUUCAAUCUUUCAAUUAGGGGUCAUGCAGAGUGUGUCAAAUACAUGAGAUCAUUCAAUGUGCCCCUCUUGCUACUAGGUGGUGGUGGCUACACCAUUCGGAAUGUUGCUCGUUGUUGGUGCUAUGAGACAGGAGUUGCUCUUGGAAUAGAAGUUGAUGACAAAAUGCCACAGCACGAGUAUUAUGAAUAUUUUGGUCCAGAUUAUACCCUUCAUGUUGCCCCAAGUAACAUGGAAAACAAGAAUUCCUGGCAUUUACUUGAAGAAAUUCGAUCUAAACUACUUGAAAAUCUUUCCAAGCUGCAGCAUGCUCCUAGUGUCCAAUUUCAGGAAAGGCCUCCUGAUUCUGAUCUUGGAGAGGCCGAUGAAGAUCAUGAUGAUGGAGAUGGGCCAUGGGAUCCAGAUUCUGACAUGGACAUUGAUGUCGAACGUGAGCUUGUCUCGAGCAAAGUAAAGAAAGAAAUUUCUGAACAUCAGCCCAAUGAUCUGGAGGACCAGACAAGUGGAGAGCAUUUGAGAGGCUCUGAUACUGCAGUUGCUGAAACUUGCAUGAAGGCUCUAGAUAUUUCUUGUCAGAAAGCUGAUGAAGAUAAUGUGAAAGUAGAACAAAAUACUGUGAAUGAUUUGGCCAAAGAGACGGACCUGAAGUGUUAAGCAACAUAGGCUUUAACUGAUUGGUGAACAGUUAAAUUGAUUUUCCAUUUAUGCUGUCGCAUUUCCAAAUUAAUUGAGAUGUGGCUGCUGCUUGGUUCCAUCAUAGUCGUCAUUGUAUACACGCAGUCGCAUUUUCCUAAUGUUAGGGGCAAGUUUGCAAAUUUAAAUUGGUUUUUUUAUCACAUGAUGGUUUUUUUACUGUCGCAUUACAUCUUGUUACAGAAUAGUAUUAGUGCUAUUAUUGAGAUGGGUUUAUUUUUCUUAUACUGAUCUUUGUUUAAAAC